AUGUCGGAAGCCUUUGGUACUUCUACAGGCGUGCCAGUCGUCGCGACGACGCACGGCGGCAACGCAGCCUACCACAAUUUCCACAACGAUUUCGUCCACAUACAAGACCCCAAUGAACGCCGCCGUCUUGCUCUUGCCGAAAUCGACAAGGCCCCCUUCGGCUGGUAUCACGUAAGAGCCUGUCUUGUAGCCGGGAUCGGUUUCUUCACCGACUCAUACGACAUCUUCGCCGUCAGUUUGUUGACUGCUAUGCUUGGCAUCGUCUACUAUGGCGGCACGAUGCCAACUGCUUCGGAUAGCGCCAUCAAACUCUCCACCUCGGCCGGCACUGUUGUUGGACAGCUUCUCUUCGGUUACCUUGCCGACCGAUAUGGUCGAAAGAAGAUGUACGGAAUCGAGCUGUUGAUUAUUAUUUUUGCCACUGUUGGUCAAGCUCUUGCAUCCGAAUCCCCUUCGGUCAACAUCGUCGGCCUUAUCAUCUUCUGGCGUGUGCUGAUGGGGGUGGGCAUCGGUGGUGACUACCCCCUAUCGAGUAUCAUCACAUCCGAGUUCGCGACGACCAAGUGGCGAGGUGCCAUGAUGGGUGCCGUUUUCGCCAUGCAAGGUAUUGGUCAAGCUGUCGCUGCCCUGGUCAUGAUCUUCGUCACACUCGGCUUCAAGGAGUCCCUCUCCCAGUCUCGAGGAAUUAGCGAAUGCACGGGAUAUUGCGCCGUCUCCGUCGACAAGAUGUGGAGGACCCUGAUUGGCGUUGGUGCUGUCCCGGCUUGCAUUGCUCUCUACUACCGAUUGACCAUCCCGGAAACUCCUCGAUACACCUUCGACGUCGGUCGCGACGUUGAGAAGGCUGCCAAUGAUGUCCAGGCGUACAUGGCUGGCAAGCACGGAGGCAACCCCGAGGAAGUGGCCCGAAUCCAAGCACAAAAUGCGGCUCAUGAAACGCUGAAGGUCCCCAGGGCCAGCUGGGGCGACUUCGCACGUCACUAUGCCAUUCCCAAGAACGGCCUGCUUCUCUUCGGGACCGCUGCCUCCUGGUUUGUGCUCGACGUCGCCUACUACGGUCUUUCCCUCAACACGGCCACAAUUUUGAGCGUCAUUGGGUACUCGAGCAGUUCUGCGAACACCACGUACGAAUUCCUCUACAAGACGGCCGUGGGAAACUUGAUCGUGGUCUUGGCGGGUGCCGUUCCCGGCUACUGGGUCUCUGUCGCAACUAUCGAUACGCUUGGCCGGAAAACCAUUCAAUUGGGUGGUUUCAUCAUUCUCACUAUCCUUUUCGCCGUCAUGGGUUUUGCAUACUACCACAUAAGCACCACCGGACUACUUGUCAUCUACGUUCUUGCACAGUUCUUCUUCAACUUCGGGCCUAAUAUGACGACUUUUAUCGUGCCCGGAGAAGUGUUCCCCACCCGCUACCGAUCUACGUCGCACGGCAUCUCCGCCGCGUCGGGCAAAAUCGGCUCCAUUAUCGGCCAGGGCGCCAUUGCCACUCUGCGCACGAAGGGGUACGUGGCCGGCUCUAAGAACAAGAACCCGUGGAUAGACCACGUGCUCGAGAUUUAUGCUUUGUUCAUGCUUCUCGGCUGCUUCACCACUCUCUGCAUUCCCGAGACAAAACGAAAGACCCUUGAGGAGCUUUGUGGAGAGGAACAGCCUGUUACUGCCAUGUCAUCUUCGAGCGCUGGCAGCAACAGGGUCAUUAGCCACGACAAGUCUCAUAAUAAAGCGUCCGGAUGA